ACAUGAUCGCUCCCUGAAAUCAUUGCCCACAAUUUUUGUUGAAAAAAAAACACAAUUAAGCAAAAAAUAGUUACUACAGUCGUUAUUAUGAUCAAUAUUUAGUUAGUUAAAGUAUUAAAAAUAUUCGAUAAGGAUUGUGUGUGAGUGUUUGUACAGAGAAAGGAGGUUGCCGCAGCAAAAAACGAUUCGAAGAUGAUUUUGCUGGAAAUAAAUAAUCGUAUUGUAGAGGAAACACUGUUGGUGAAAUUCAAAAAUGCUCUGCAAAAAAAUAAACCCGAGUCGAUUGACAUUACAGUGGCCGACUUUGAUGGAGUUUUGUAUCAUAUUUCCAAUAUCGAUGGUGAUAAGACGAAAGUUAGAACAAGUAUUUCCUUAAAAUUCUACAAGCAAUUGCAAGAACAUGGCGCUGACGAAUUGCUCAAACGGGAAUAUGGCGACUUACUUGUAGCUCCCGAGGAUGGCUAUAGCGUGUCAGUUCUCGUUGAUCUAGAAAAUAUUCCGGAUAAUUGGGAGGAGGUUGCAAAGAAAAUCGGUCUGUUGAAGCGAAAUUGCUUUGCGUCUGUCUUCGAGAAGUAUUUUGACUUCCAAGAACAGGGAAUUGAGGGCGAAAAACGUGCCGUCAUUAAUUAUCGGAAUGAUGAGACUUUAUACGUCGAGGCAAAGGCUGAUCGUGUCACCGUUGUUUUUAGCACAAUUUUCCGCGAUGAGGAUGACGUUGUUAUAGGGAAAGUUUUCAUGCAGGAGUUGCGUGAGGGUCGAAAAGCUUCGCAUACCGCGCCGCAAGUAUUGUUCUCGCAUCGGGAACCGCCCAUGGAAUUGGCAAAUACAGAUGCACGGGUAGGCGAUAACAUUGGAUAUGUGACUUUUGUUCUUUUUCCACGGCACACCAAUAAGGAGACACGAGACAACACAAUCAAUCUUAUUCACAUAUUUCGGGAUUAUUUGCAUUAUCAUAUUAAGUGUUCCAAAGCAUACAUUCACUCAAGAAUGAGAGCCAAGACAUCGGAUUUCUUGAAGGUGCUUAACAGAGCCAGGCCCGAUACAAACCAAAAACCGAAACAAAGAACGAUAACUGGUCGAACCUUCAAUCGAGCAGAAUAAUGAUCACUUUCGGCACAACCACAAAUCCAUUGUACUAUGUCUCCUGAUGCGGAUUACAAUUGAUCAUCAAAAAUUUUUGAAAAAAAAAAUAUUAAAAACAAAAAAAAAAUAUUUUUUACAAUUAAAAAAUAAAAAAUUAUCAUUUAUUGAAAAUUAAACAAACAAAACUAAAACUAACAGUUAGAUAAAAAUAAAUCAUCAUCCUGCAUGCAUCCUGGUUUCUUUUAACAAUUCCUUGUUAAUGGAAUGUUAACAACAAACAAAAAAAUUUAAACAUCACUUUAUCCCCUUAAUUCUAUUUUCUAAAAAAAAAAUCCAUCAAAUUAAAAAAAAAUUUCUGCCUGAUAAAAUCUUGGGAUGAAAAAAAAAUUAAAAUUAAAUUAAAAGAACAAAAUAAUAUAA